GUAUCAAAGUGCUUCAAAGUUCAAUCCCAUUGAUCCAGACUUCCUGGAUGAGUCGAUAGCUCAACAGAACAAAAAGCCUCCGGUUUAACCAGAACCCGAAGGAGAAAGGAGGAUCUGGGCUUCAACGACCUAGUAUCUUCCAAAAGGAGGGCGUGUAAUAUCAGAGCUUAUACAAACGUAGCAGAUCAUGGCAGACCUAGAGAAUUUGCUCCUGGAGGCUGCAGGAAGAACCAGUUCAGCUGGCAGAAACCGGAAUUCACGUCCACCAUCUAGAAGGCGGCGUGAAGGCUCAUAUUCUGAUGGUGGAAGUGAUUAUAGGGAUGAUGACUCUGACGAUGAUCGUGGUUAUGCUAGCAGAAAGCCCUCUGGAUCUCAAGUUCCUUUGAAGAAGAGGUUAGACCCUACUGAAAGAGAUGAUGAUCUGGGCAGCCAGGAAGAAGGCGAUGAUGGUGGGCUUUCUGACCGUGAGGGUGACAGCAGUGAUGAAUCUGAUGUUGGUGAUGAUCUUUAUAAGAAUGAAGAUGACAGACGAAAGCUUGCACAGAUGACUGAACUUGAAAGGGAGAUGAUCUUGUCAGAUAGAGCUUCUAAGAAAAUCGAUAAAAAUUUACGGGAGAAAAUAAGAUCAAAGCGGGAGAGUGGAAAAACCACCCAAUCUAGAAAAGAGACUCCACCACUUCCAUCAUCUCGUAUGCGCUUGUCAGCGAGAUCUGCUGACAGAUCAGCUGCCAAAGAUGAUGCAUUGAAUGAAUUGCGAGCAAAACGGUUGAAGCAGCAGGACCCAGAAGCUCACCGUAAAUUGAGAGAUGCAACGAGAGGAAGUUCAGGGGGUCGAACUUUCUCACCAAAGAGAAAAGCCUUCACUAGAACAAGUCUGAGCAGCUCUAGUCAGAGUGAGAGUGAAAGUAGGUCUCACAGUGAAGAUGAAGGGUCAACAGGAGAUGGUGCCAUGGUUGACAGUGAUGAGGAGAGAGGCAUGCUGGGAUCUGACGUGCCUUCUUUUGAUGAUAUAAAGGAAAUUACCAUUCGAAGGUCUAAACUUGCUAAAUGGUUUAUGGAGCCAUUCUUUGAGGAGCUGAUUGUGGGUUGCUUUGUGAGGGUUGGAAUUGGGAGGUCAAAGUCUGGGCCUAUAUACAGGCUCUGCAUGGUCCGGAAUGUCGAUGCCACAGAACCUGACCGGCAGUACAAACUAGAAAAUAAAACCACAUAUAAGUAUCUAAAUGUUGUUUGGGGCAAUGAAAGCUCUGCGGCCAGGUGGCAGAUGGCUAUGGUUUCAGACUCCACGCCACAGGAGGAGGAGUAUAAACAGUGGAUUAGGGAGGUAGAACGAAGUGGUGGCCGGUUGCCAAGUAAACAGGACGUGUUGGAAAAGAAGGAGGCCAUUAAAAAGACCAACACAUAUGUUUACUCUGCAGCCACUGUGAAGCAGAUGUUACAAGAGAAAAAAUCUGCUUCAUCAAGACCAUUAAACAUUGCAGCCGAGAAGGACCGGCUGAGGAGGGAGUUGGAAAUUGCACAAAGCAAGCACGAUGAGGCAGAGGUGGAGAGGAUCAAGACAAGACUGCAGCAAUUAGAGGCAUCCAGGCGAACACAUGAGAAAGAUUCCAAGGCUGUUAGACUAGCUGAGAUGAACAGAAAGAACAGGGUUGAGAAUUUCAAGAAUGCUUCCGGACUGAAACCUGUAAACACGGGUUUGAAAGCAGGGGAGGCUGGUUAUGAUCCCUUUUCAAGGAGAUGGACUAGGUCAAGGAAUUACUAUGUUUCAAAGCCCGGUGGAGCAGCAGCUGCAGUGGCAAAUGUUGAUGUUAAUGGUGCAUCUACGAAUGCAAACAGUAAUGGGGUAGGAGAAAAGGUAACCACAGAAGCUGGAAUGGCAGCUACAGCUGCUGCCUUGGAAGCUGCAGAGUAUGCGGGGAAGUUGGUUGAUACCCUUGCUCCCGUGGAUCAAGGGACCGUGUCAAAUGUGUUGCAUAAUUUCGAGCUACCAAUUUCAUUGGCUGCUCUUCAGAGGUUUGGUGGGCCUCUGGGAGCUCAGGCUGGAUUCAUGGCAAGGAAACAAAGGGUAGAAGCCACGGUUGGAUGUAAAGUCCCAGAGAAUGAUGGAGGGAGGCAUGCACUGACCCUGACAGUUAGUGACUAUAAGAGAAGAAGAGGCCUUCUCGAAUAAAUCUACCCUUCAGCCGGUUUUACCAUCACACGCCACACGAAGGCUGAUGUGGCUAACUCGGUUUAUUUACAUUCCGGUCAGUGGUUAAAUCUCCUUCUUCUCUCUUCCCCUAUGAAUCCCUAAAAAAAAAUUUCUCAUCUAAGAACUCCUUUCCGCGUAAACUUCUUUCUCCUUA